AGGAAGGUCUCGCCGGGAAAAUGAUUCAUUUUCCAUCAGUCGUCCCCGAAUUUCCCCGUCCCUCCCCGCAUCACGACUCCAGUCACUUAACCGGGAUUCCGCCUCCUUUUGUAGCGGUUUGAUCCGUUCUGGGGCGCAAUUUGUGACCCUUCGGAAACCAGUCGUAUAAGAUUCAUAUAUUAAAAGAUCUCGCUGUUUGGCGGGGUGAGGAGCAGGGUGGAGAUCCAGGGUUUUGCUGGCGGAUGGUGGGGAGUAACUGGAAGGUAUCCCGGUGACAAUUCUCCAGUGAGCAUCCUGGCGCGGGAGGUGGGGCAAGGGGGGCUAGGGGAGGAGGUGAAACAAGGUUGGGAAGUAUUCUGGGAGACAGGGUGUAACGACGCGUUUGCUUCUGGCGCGGGAGUUGGAAAGUGGCCCGGGAGACUAUAUCGGAUUUGGGAGUUCGUUGCUGCUGAACUUGGGAGGGAGGGAGAGGGGAAUGGAGGGUCUCGGAUCCUGCCGGGAAGGUCGCACAUGAAGGAUCUCGUAGAUACUGCCGGGAAUUGGAGGAAGAGGCUGAGCAGUGGCCUGGGGUGCCUAGGAGCUGGGAGCUGCCUGGAGCAUUAGCUAGGUGAAGUUGAGGCUGCCGCGCAGUUUCUUGUCCCGUUGAUUUGGGGUCGCUCUCUGGUUUCUCCUCCUCGCAGGCAGCCUGGUGCACGGCGCACUCCCCUCGCCGGGGACAUGGACUCCGACGCUAGCCUGGUAUCCAGCAGACCUUCCUCUCCGGAGCCAGAUGACCUCUUCCUCUCUACCAGGAAUAAAGGCAGCAGCGGGGGCUUCUCGGGGGGCACAGUGUCCAGCUCCACCCAGAGCGACUCCCCUCCAGAGUUGAGCGCUGAGCUGCGUAGCGCCAUGAGCGCGGCCGGGGUGGUGGUGGUGGACAAGCUGGGCUUCAAGUCUUCCUCGUCCUCCUCGUCGUCCUCCUCUUCUUCCUCCUCCAAGAAGGACAAGAAGCAGAUGACGGAGCCCGAGCUGCAGCAGCUGCGGCUGAAGAUCAACAGCCGGGAGCGCAAGCGGAUGCACGACCUGAACAUCGCCAUGGACGGGCUGCGGGAAGUGAUGCCCUACGCGCACGGGCCCUCGGUGCGCAAGCUCUCCAAGAUCGCCACGCUGCUGCUGGCGCGCAACUACAUCCUCAUGCUCACCAACUCGCUGGAGGAGAUGAAGCGCCUGGUCAGCGAGAUCUACGGCGGCCAUCACGCCGGCUUCCACCCCUCCGCCUGCCCGGGGGGCAUGGCCGCCCACUCCGCCCCGCUCCCGGGUCAUCCCGGGCAUCCCGCCCCCCCCCCCCUGCACCACCCCAUCCUGCCCCCCGCUGCCGUCUCCAGCGCAUCCUUGCCCGGAUCCGGCCUUUCCGCAGUCAGCUCCAUCCGACCCCCGCAUGGGCUCCUCAAGUCGCCUUCGGCCGCCGCCGCCUCGGCCCCGCUGGGCAGCAGCUUCCAGCACUGGGGAGGAAUGCCCUGCCCGUGCAGUAUGUGCCAGGUGCCCGCACCGCCUCACCACCACGUCUCCAGCAUGAGCACAGCCAGCCUGCCCAGAUUAACCACCGACACCAAAUGAACCCCCGGGAGACCCGCCUCCAGGGGGGCCGGGGAGGGAGACAGAAUCUGCCGAAACAAGGUGGGGAGUGGGGAGAGAGACUCCAGUUUCUAGCCCCGAGGAAACGCGGGCACAUUUUUGAGACACAGACUCUGUGGGGGCCUCCGUCAAAAGCACAGGCACAUCUAAGGACUUACAAGGACAUACCGGUCUCAUCCAAGUUUUUUAAACACACCCUCCCCACCCUCACCCCUCACUACAGGUUUGUCCCAAGGCCACCCGGGGCACCUUCAGGCAUGUUCCAUACCGAGAUAGACUGAGGACACUCAAUCACUGAAGCCCAUCAGUGAGAAAGAUGAACAAAAACCAAUUCCUCUUCCUGCAAACGACUCCACGCAGAACUGAUCCUCUCUCCUCCAUCAUUUCCAGCAGGGAAAAGAGAAAGGAGGCCAGCGUUACGUACAGUACUUGAUGUUUUGUCCAAUCUCAAUAGCAAUUGUGUAAACCCUCAGAGCAUUUUUUAAAUAAAUAUAUGUGCAUCUUUUUAAACUUUGAUAGGAGUUGAAAAUAGCUAUAGACUCUUCUCCUCAAGUGAAGUAACCAAAAUUGCAUAGGGUUUUUUGUUUGUUUUUCUCUAUUAUUUUUACAUAUUCCCUUUCAACAUUUUUCUGGUUCAUAUCAUAAGACAUGUAAAGUGAUUAUUCUGAGCACCGGGCUGGUCACUUCCUGCCAACAUAAUUUGCAAGAAUGAAGGCUUUUGAUGUAAAUGUAGCCUGCAAAGUUUUCUGGGGUUUGGAUUUGUAAAUAUACUGUCCAAUGAUGAUGUAAGUCCGUUAUGCUUGAGCUUUCUGUUUGUGCACUUGUACUGGAAACCUUAUGAAUGGUAAAGGAUUUUUUGUUUUGUUUUAGUGUAUAACACGAUUUUCUUUUCUGCCAUCAUUAACAAAAAGUUACAAAACUCGUUAAUGUGCUUUCUAUGUAGGAACUCCACACUGCCUGUGUUGCAAUACUGAGAACUUGGGCUUGUUUCUGAAAUAACAAUUUUUCCUAUUACUGCCCCUUGCAGAGAUUUUAUCAUCUGUUUAUUUUUGUAAAAAAAAGUUGCUAAAUAAUAUUUAUUACUUGUUUGGUUGCAAAAACAAAAUGAGUGAUCCAUGGUUGAGAUUUUAAAUAAAAAACAUUUUAAGUAAAUUGCUUUUUUCCAUCCAUUUAUAUUUUGGGAAGUCUAGUGGCUGAAGCCCGGAGUAAGAAGAACAAGACACAUUUACUUUCAAAAAUAUUAAUAAGGCAUCAUGGUUAAAUAGACCAAAAACAGAUCGAAAAGGAUUUAGAACAUUUUAAAGAUAAUACUUGCAGUCUUUUUUCCUAACGGUCUUACAAGGCUGCGAUUGAAACUGUUUUCCCAUCAGUUCCCUAAGUGGCAAGAUUAAUGAUCAAUUAACCUAGUUUAUGAGGUCCAAACUUUUAAGAUUUUCUUAAACAAAACUCAGCAUCCAGCAAAAAUAAGGAAUUGCUUAUGAGAAGGAAAUAUUAAAC